AUGGUAAAGCUUGACAGAACGGCUGCUGCAGAGGAAGUUAGCAGUUUAGAGAGCAUGAUCGCUGAGCGAAAUAAGACUCUCGCCGAACUAUACUGCAUCUCGAGGCUACAUGACUUCUUAUCGAUAUCCGACGAACAAACCUUGCAGAGCCAGAUAGAUGUAUUCCUGGAAGCCAACGACAUUAGGAAGGGGCAUCACUUUGACCCAAGUACCCUUCCCAAGUUUACGCAGAUCGAACCUUCUCCGGACAAGAGAGUUUCAAAGAGUAAGAGUGGCACGCCGGUGGAUAGCGCGCGGAAAGAACGUGAACACAUCAAGCAUGACAGAGACGAACGGAACUUUGACAGAGAUAAAGACAGCAGUAAAGAGUCCAAAGUCAGAAUUUCUCAGGACAUUCGAAUGAAUGGAGGAGUAGCGCAACCAUCGCCCAGCAAGGCUGACGGCAUUGAGCUAGAGCUGGAAAAGUUUCCCAACGGCGCUGUUAGGUCCCAGUUUAAUUCAAACAAAAGGCCACGUGAAGACGAGAAUGUACAGCCCAAUGGCCCCCAAAGUAUUAUAAAAGAAGAACAUGCUUCCAUGGCCCCAGGGACCCCACAUCCUUCGCAUACUGCACCUAAACGUCAAAGGCUAGAUCCAAGUAGUGCUGAACACAAAGAGCCCUCCAUGAAUUUAACAAAGAAGCGUUCCAGCUCUCUUUUGAGGGAGCUUCAAGCGAAACCUCGUAAAACAGAAGAGCUCUUUCACCAAGAUAAUAUAAAUGCCAAGGAGAGUGUUUAUCUGAUAAUGAAUGACAAGGUCCCAUCAAAGAUUCCACACGCAGUUCCUCUUUCUGAGCUCAAAUACAAUGCCCAAACGCUACCUUUAAUUAAGCUCAUUCCAACUGCUCACAAAGUCUUAACUACAGACAUCAUGAACACAGCUUUGAACGAAUGUCGUAUUACUGUGGUAAGCUCAAGGAUAGAAGAACUCAGAAGAUUAGGCUUGUGGUCACUGAGACAACCUAAGAAAUUCAUUGAUCCAUUUGAGAAUAAGAAAAAACAAACACAUUGGGGGAAACUUCUCGAAGAAGCUGAAUGGGUGUCUUGCGACUUUGAUGAGUUCAAGAAAUAUAAAAUUGCCGUUUGUUUGACAAUUGCUCAGUCUGUUAUGGAUUUCUGGAAUUACGGGAAGGCCUGUUGCGUUAAGGUCAACCCAAAAAAACCGAUUGCGUCUCCCGAAACAACAGCAGAUCCGGCUGAAAGUGAUGGCAAUGGGCAUGACGUUUCCCUUCCCGACAGUGAAGGCGAGAUUGAUCACCCUUUGACAACAGCUCUGGAACAAUACCCAAGCAUAGAUACAAAGGUGUUGCUACAAGAGUCCGUACAGCCCGAAGAUACCCAUCCUAUCCCAUCUGUUGUAGAGGAUUCUUCACAGCUACCAAGCAGUAAGCAGCAUGCCUCUUUGCCCUUCAAACUACAUGUUUCCUUUGACGACUUUAGUCUAGUAGAGCGAAAAAUUCUCAGUGAUCUUCCUCUAAAUGGAGGGCUCGAGCAUGAAAGCCUCGAUGACAAACCUCAAGAUGUUGCUCCGUUCGAUCCCAUUUCAAAAGCGACAGUGAUGCUGGAUGAUGAUCAAUUUGUGAAGCUUGUCGAAAGACAGCUUAUUGACGAAGAACCCUCACUUGUUCCAUUUAGCAAAAGACGCGGGAUGUUCUACGGUAAUCGGAGAAGUCAUUAUCUGCGACCUCCAAUUGCACCCUCAUUAAGAUAUUUGAGAUACAGAACGCCUACAAUAUGGCUACCCGAGGAUGACCAGGAGCUUGUACGAAAUAUCAACACAUAUGCAUAUAACUGGGAGCUGAUAAGUGCGCACAUUUCGUCAAGACCUACGAGAUCGUAUUGUUCUAACAUUGAAAGAAGAACCCCAUGGCAGUGUUUUGAGAGAUUUGUGCAGCUCAACGAAAGGUUUCAGUUCAUCGACAUGAAGGGGCCUCGUGCACACAGCGCCCAGAUGUGGCUUAUCGAAGCCCACAAAUUGCAGCAACAACAAAAGAGGAGAAUUUCCCCUCUUGGUGUUGGAGAGGAUUCAAUCCAGCGAGGUCAUAGGAGAUUACGCUGGGCCAGCAUGUUCGAAGCCAUGAGAAAAUGCUUCAAGAAAAGAGAAAAUGCGCCAAAACCGAAUCCCACUCAGCCGAGAAAGCCACUUGACUGCAAAAAUACAUCUGUACCAACUCCUGCAGAGAUGUCACAGCUCAAAGCCCAGCGUGACGAUGCACUCCGCAGAGACAUACAGAUGAGGAGAAUCGCUAAACAGAAGCUGCAAGCUGCUGCUAUGGGACAGAGCCUUUCCUCAAACAGUGCUUCUAAGGCUAUUCCGCGUAACUCUCCUUCAUCUGGUCAACGUCGUGCCCCUGAUACUGCUCGCAGUUCUAUAAGAGGGUCUUCACCAGAAAACAGCGUACGGAUAACGACACAAACACCCCAACAAACGCAUAUCAAGCAACUGUCUGAGAGUGAGUUUGUAGAAAGCUACGCUCGCAAAAUUCUUCUUCAAAAGCCGGACUUUUCACCUGAACUUGCGCUCAAGGCGGCAAAAAGUCAAUUUAAGCUUUUGGCCGUUAAGCAACAGCAGCAACAACAGCAGCAGCAACAACAGCAGCAACAGCUCUACAACCAACAAACACCGCAUCGUAGUGACGGGUUAUCACGCACGCCCUACGCAACUCUCAAAACAGAACCUUCAAAUGAAAAGAUUCUCUCCCCCACUCCCCAAGACAUUUUGCAAAAAAUGCAACAGAGCAAGCAUUAG